CCGUCCCGCAUAAUUCGGUUUAGGGGAGCAGGUGCAGGGAAGGGGACUGAAGCGUCACCUCACAUAAGGAAAUAUAGGCCUAUUUGAUUUACAGUAGCGUUUAUUUUAUACCUAUACGCUGGCUCGGAAGAUGGUAGCAAAACAAAGAAUCCGUAUGGCAAACGAGAAGCACAGCAAAAACAUCACUCAGAGGGGGAACGUGGCGAAGACCCUGCGACCACAGGAGGAGAAAUAUCCGGUGGGGCCAUGGCUUUUGGCACUCUUUGUAUUUGUUGUUUGUGGAUCAGCCAUCUUUCAGAUAAUUCAAAGUAUCCGAAUGGGAAUGUGAGUCCCAGCGUUCCUCACAUUCCGUCCUACAUCUGAAUGAGAUUUGUGGGUGACUGGAUACAAUCUGAAGAAAGACUGAUAGGUGAAAUCCUGUUUGUGGGUCAGAGGCUUGUAUGCUGAGCUGGAUCUAGUGUACAAUACUACACGACAUUGUCACACGUUUACAGUGUCCCUGGAGGAAAGGAGCACAUGCUUUUCUACAAAACCAUUGUUGCUGUUGACACAUCUUAUCAUUCUUGUCAUAUUUAUUUGUGAUUGAUGAUUGCCAUGAUCUAUUUCUCUAUUCAGCCGUGUUUGCGUGAGCCUUUUUCAAAUAAACGUCAAACA